AUGGACAAGAAAAAGCUAAAGCCUAAGUGUUUGCAGAGGGGAAGAUUGAUGAGAGUCAAACUGAUUUGUGUUCAAGAAUCCCUGAAAGGCUCAGAAAUUGGAGGCCUCAGCUACAAAGAUGGGAAGGGGGGUUCUGCUCCUUUGCUCUGCCCUGUCCCCAUCCCGGCUCUCCUACCCAAUUUUCUCUCCUGGCCCUACUCUCUUUUGCUUCUCUACCUGCAGAUCUAUGAGUAUCGGAACGGCCAGCAGGAGGUGGAGAGCCCUUUCCAGGGACGCCUGCAAUGGAAUGGGAGCAAAGACUUGCAGGAUGUGUCCAUCACUGUGCUUAACGUCACUCUGAAUGACUCCGGCCUCUACACCUGCAACGUGUCCCGGGAAUUUGCUUUUGAGGCACACCGCCCCUUUGUGAAGACUACACGGCUGAUCCCCCUCCGAGUCACCGAGGAGGCUGGAGAGGACUUCACCUCUGUGGUCUCAGAGAUCAUGAUGUACAUCCUCCUGGUCUUCCUCACCUUGUGGCUGCUCAUUGAGAUGAUAUAUUGCUACAGGAAGGUCUCAAAGGCUGAAGAGGCAGCCCAAGAAAAUGCGUAAGUUCUAAGACGCCAAAAUAAUGCUAGCGGCCACCUUCAGAGGGCUUGCUCUCACAGAUGAGGUGCUAAGUAAUCAACACAGUCCUCCGCUCCCCUCCCUCCAACCUUCGAGGUAGGCAGCACUGAUAUACCUAUUUUCCAGAUGAGGAAACAGCCCGGGAGAGUUUGCCCAAGACCAUUAUAAGAGGCAAAGCAAGGUUUCGAUUUGGGCCUGCUGACUCUUAAUGGGUACUCUUAACCUCUGAUGUAAAAUAAAGCCCAUAAGCUACUAUCA